AGGCGCCGCCAUGGCGACCAUAUUCCGGAAUCUUAGGCUGCAGGCUCUGCCUAGGAUGGUGAGACAAGGAGUGAAUCAGAUCCGCUGGAACUCUACCUUCGCAGACGGAGCGAGGAAGAGCAAGGUUCCUAUCUCGGUGCUCUCGGGCUUCCUCGGAUCGGGCAAGACCACUCUGCUUCAGGAGCUUCUGCAGAACAAGGGGGGGCUGAAAGUCGGAGUUGUAGUCAACGACGUGGCGUCGGUGAACAUCGAUGCAAAAUUGGUGCGCGACCGCUCGAGCAGUGGGAUACGGACCAAGAGCGGGAAGGGGAUCGAGUUUGUUGAGCUAGAAAACGGCUGUGCAUGCUGUAACUCCAGCGACGAGCUGAUGGCGUGCAUAGACCAGCUGCUUGAGAUCUCAAGGGUGGGCGGAUACUCCUUCGACAGGAUCGUAAUAGAGAUGAGCGGGGUUGCAGAACCAAAGAACGUCAGGAGGGAAAUCCAGCUUGCAAUCAAGGAAGAACAUCCGAUCUUCGAGGAGACAGAGCUAUCCACCAUGAUCACCGUGGUUGACUCCCCCCACUUCUUCGAGCUCUACAGCUCCAAGCACGACGUCGUCGAUCACCAGGAGCUCAUCGGGCUCAACGACGCGAGCGCUCCGCUUGAGGCCAUUUCGUUGGUGGAGAGGAAGGUCGUGGAUCUCCUGGUCGAGCAGGUGGAGUGUGCGGACCUCGUGGUGCUGAACAAGGACGAUCGGGUGGACGAGAAGAAGCGUCAGGCUCUGAAGAACAUCGUGUCUGCUCUCAACCCAAAAGCUGACAUCGUUCACUGUGAAUACGGCAAGGUCCCGCUAGAGCGGGUGUUCUUAUCGGACAAGGGAAGGAUAGCUAGUCUGGAUGACGAUGACGACAUCAGGGAGGCUCACGGGCACGAGCAUGCUCCCAACGCUGCAGAGAAGUAUGGCAUUUCUACCUUCGUCUACUCGAGGAGGCGCCCGUUCCAUCCCAAGAAGCUACAAGGAAACUCCAUCUGCCUCCCCCUGCUCCCUCUGAUUCUUUGCGAUAGACCUCAUCUCCUUCAUGCCGUCCUCCACUCCAUCAUCCGCUCCAAGGGGUUCGUCUGGUUGGCCAGCCAUGCCCAGAGCGCCCUGUACUGGUCACAUGCUGGGGCACACUUCUCGCUGAAUCCGCUCGGCCUGUGGUGGGCAGCGACCGCGAAGGAGAACUGGCCAGGUGCGGAAAGGAGGGAGAAAGACGGGGGAUCGAGGAGAGGGAGUGCGGGCCACGGGGCAGGGGAUAGGAAGAGUUCCUCCGGCUCAUGGGGAGAUCGACGGCAGGAGCUCGUCUUCAUCGGGGUCGACAUGGUGGAGGAGGAGAUCACAGCUCUCUUUGACGCCUGCUUGCUCAACGACCACGAGAUGCUGCAGUUUGAGGAGUUGAUGGUGAGCAGCGCUCCUCCCUCUUCUCACCCUUCCCCCUCCUUCAUCCUGCCGCUGGUCGUUCCCGUCUCCUGGUCUUGGUAUCUUGGUCUUCCUACUUGUCAUUUCUUGCUCCACCGCCAACCUCCCUUGCCGCUGCCCAUGCGCUUGCCGCUGUCCUUCCUUUUUUUGUCCUUGCUCCUCCCCACUCGCUUUCGCAGAAGUUUGACAAGAUUGACAACAGAAGGAUAA